AUGGCAACAAUACAUCCCUCCAAAGGCCCCGAGUCUUUCGACUUGGGCGUUGCCCGUUCGCGCAGUACCAGCAUGUCCAGCGAUUCGCAACUUCCUCGGAGCAAUCUGUUUGCUCCCCCGCCCGUCAAUCCCCCGCCGGCCUUUAUCGCAUCAUCUGCCGCUUCGCAGAUCAUCACCGCGGACCAGGAAUUCAACACGGCCGAUUUUGUAGCCGAAGACGAAAGUGGCACAGGUGCGAGCGCUCUCGUCACGCCAGCAGCUCUCGGGCUCUUGAACGGGUUUCUUGACCAUCUCCUUUUCAAUAUUUUGGCGGCGUCCAAAUCGACACAAUUAACAUCCAUCCGACCAGCGGUGGCCGAGGUGUUGAAACCCCGGCUCGCGAAAGAGGUCGUCUCCGCCGCAGAUGACGAACUGAGUGAGUACAUGGGCGGCGCGGAAGAUGAACAAUACGACUUCCGCGGGGGUCGGGAACCCGCCGGGGAAUUUGACCUGCUUCGCUCGUGGAAACUGACCCGUCUGCGCUGCAUGGUGUAUACACGGUUGGGUGAUAUGGAGGAGGACGACGAGGAUGAGUAUAUCGCGCAAGAUGGCCUUGUCGAUCGAGAAGGUGCCCCGCGGAGAUUCACCAGCCACGAAGGCAACAUCACUCCCGCGGCUGCCAUCUUCCUCACAUCCAUUAUCGAACAUCUCGGUGAGCAGGGGUUGGUGAUCGCCGGUGAAACGGCCCGGUCUCGAUUGGCAACGAGACUCGGCGUUGAGCACGACGAGGUCACCGAAUCAGGCGCGGAGCGAGGCAGUAUGAACCGCCUUGUGGUGGAAGAUCAUGACAUGGAAAAGCUGGCCUUGAAUGCGACUCUGGGAAGACUUUGGCGCACUUGGAGAAAACGUCUUCGCGCGCUCACUCUCUCGCGCACUGUCUCUAGAGAAUCAUUUAUGCGCCGUAACAUCACAAACCCGACCCUAGCUGGUAGUCGCAAGAGCAGCAUCGUCACCAUCGAUGAGAUGCAGCCGCACUCUAUCGAAUCGCAAGCCACUGGACCCAAAGAGCUUGACCCUGCCUCCAUCCCACUGCCGAUGAGCGAGCACGAUGUCAAGGAAAUCGAGAUCCCGGGUUUUCACGCCGAUAUAGAUGGCGAGAUCCAGACUAUGCAGGCCGUGGUCGCCCACAAAGUCCGCCCCAGGAGUUUGAUGGUCCUCUGUUCGCCCUCCACUUCUUCACCAAGAUCACCAUCAUCCAUGACAAGCUCUCCCGUUACUCCAAUCCAGAUCGGAAAAACGCGCCAUGCCCGAUCGAGAUCUUUGCCCAACGCCUCCUCUGACGCACCGAGCGCCCCAGAAGGUGAAAACACUCUUGCUCAAGCCUCUCCCACCCCGUCUGAAGAACGACGAAGGCUGGAAACUAUGUAUGAGCACGAGGAACCAGUGGAACCUACUGAGUUCAAGAUGGCUGUCGCUUCCAAGUCGCAGCAAGGCGAAGUCACGACAGAGGAGGGAGUGAGCAGUGUUGCCGAACAGAAAAGGAGUCGUGAUUUGGAAGCCCCUAUUACAUCCCCGCAGACUGAUGCAUCGUCGCUUGAAGUUGCAACUAGUCAAAUCAGUAGCGCACAGACUUCAGCUGAGGGCAUGAGCGAUCGGCAACAAGAGGAUUCAGAGGAGAUUUUUGAAGGGCGCGGAAUGUGCGAAAAAGCCCCUAAGCCGGUUUCUAUACAACGACCCAAGCGAAAAUCCAGCAGGGACCCGUCGAGAAGAGAAGACAGGUCAAUUUCUUCAUCUGUGGCCAGCGAACCAGCGGUGCAGACUGUCGCUGAAGAUCGGCCGCCAACGCAAGGGGGGGGAGACUCCCCACCAGUGCAGCACGCCGUCAGUGAUAACAAUGCUCCUAAAGAACCCUCCGAAUCAGUUGCCUCUUCCACCACAUCCCCUGCCCCUCAAACUUUCCUCGCAAACGAUGAUGAUGAUGACGACGACGAUAAUGACUCCGUGGCCGUGGCCAGCAAGCCAGUUCAGGACCUGGCGGGUAUUUCAGAACCCGGUAGACCCGCCUCUGGUGAAAGCGGACGCUCUGAACGCUCGCGCACUCGACCAAAGCCCAGCCCUUUGUCUCUCACAACAUCAAGUUUGCAUGGUCAAGGACGGUCAAGCCCGACAGUAACAACACCUGGAACCGAACGAGCAGCUGUUCAGCGCUUGUCAUCCCGGCCAUCGACAUCAAUGGCCUCCUCUACCUAUUCCAGAUCUCGUCGAUCAGACAGCUUCAGCAGCGCCCGUGAAAAACGUCCAGUUACGGCCGGAUCAACCACAUCUCAAGUUUCGCACAAACUGAAAGGCCUUAUUAGCCGACCACAGGGUGAUUCCGGCUCUACGCGCGUUCGAAGCUCCUCUGAGACAAGUCGAGCAUCUGCUGAUAGCGGCGAAUCGGCGUACGCUGAUAGAUCUGGAUUGGAUAAGUUGAUCCGCAGCGAUGAAACGAUUCACUUCACCCUCACACCGAGGAGCAUGAGGGAGAUGGAGAUACCUGAUUCGCCCCGAUGGAGAGCUAAUCGUUCGGACACUGCGGACUUGGCUGACCUCCUGAAAAAUACGCCUCUCCCCGGAGAUGAAUCGCGACCGCGAACAUCCAACGCCUCUUCCAGAGGAACAUUGGAUUUCCCACCGGUUUCCAAAUCCAAAUCUUCCGAUCUACCCAAACACAAACCCACUAUCCAAGAACCCCGAUCGAGCCUGGGGCAAAAACCGAGACUGGGCGCGGCACGGGAUGCAAGGGCGACCAAUGGAUCAACUCGUGAUUUUGCCGACUUUCUCAAGUCCACCGGCCCUGAUACUCCCCGAAGCGUGCCUGACGGUGCCCAGUCCCCGCGCUCGCGCCGGCUCUCGGACGCUACUAUCAUAUCCAAGAAGUUUUCGCGGCCUGCAAGCGCUCUCUCGAAGGACGCGGCUUCAACUCGGAGUAGCCCAAAGCUGCAGGCUCGCCCCGCCGCAGCCGCAAAGAGUGAGCAAACCUCGGACCUAAUAGACUUCAUUCGCGAAGGACCACCAAUGUCAGGAGCUCAUCGCAUUCCUCGUACAGUUGCUCCUUUCCGGAAUACAAUGGACUCAGAUGACUUGCGGCCAUUCGACUCUGCACAACUUCAGCAAGAUCCCCCUACCAGAGACUCGGUUGCCAGCACUCAAGAUGAGUCCGUGGCGAACAAGUCCCUUGCCUCAUUUGGAUCACGCACUGGACUUCUCGAUUCUGUCGCCCGCACGAACGCCCAAGCAGCGCCUAUCAAACAGGCACCGCCGCCUUCAAGUAGCGCAAAUGAAUUUGACGACCCCUUCCCAGUGCGGAAACAACGCCGAGUGCCAGACCCCUACGCCAUUGAUUCUGAUGACGAUGACGAUGAGUUGGAAGAGCUCCUAGAGCCAUCAAAACCGAAGCGAGAGGAAGAAAGCUUGAUUGACUUCCUGCGUAAUGCUCCUCCGCCCGAGUCGGACACGCCGCCACAGCCUCUGGCUAUCGACGUAUCAUCAUACAAGAGCUCUAGCCUUGCAAACGCGUCCUCUAUGAAGGCUCGCUUUCUUCGCACCACUGGCGGCUCUUCGAAGUCUUCCACGCGACAAGACUCCGGUAACUUUUCUGCCGGUCAAUCAAACUAUGCUGCGAAGGUUGGCCAGGAGCGGGGUGCAGGAGCUGCAGUUCAUGUCACUCACGGUACACCACCUGCUCAGUCUCAGAGACAGACUGAUACCAGCGCACUGGCCGACUUCCUUAGAAACACUGGACCCCCGGAGCCUCCAGCUAGAGCUGCAUCCUCGCUCGCAGGCAGCAAGAAAGAAUCAACAAACACUCUUUCUCGGCUCUUUGCCCGUCGGAAGAAGGUCGAGGCCUGA